GGUAAGAUGGCAGCGGACGGACAGUGCUCGCUCCCUGCUUCAUGGCGGCCCGUCUCCCUGACCCACGUCGAAUAUCCCGCAGGCGACCUCUCCGGCCAGCUCCUCGCCUGCCUGAGCCUCAGCCCCAUCUUCAUCAUCGUCGGCUUUGUGACGCUCAUCAUAUUCAAGAGGGAGCUCCACACGAUUUCUUUCCUGGGAGGACUGGCCUUGAACGAGGGGGUCAACUGGCUAAUAAAGAACAUUAUCCGGGAUCCCCGGCCCUGCGGAGGGGCCCACUUGACGGUGGCCACGAAAUACGGGAUGCCUUCCAGCCAUGCCCAGUUCAUGUGGUUCUUCUCAGUGUACUCCUUCCUGUUCCUCUAUUUAAGAAUGCACCAAACGAACAACGCCAGGUUCCUAGACCUGUUGUGGAGACACGUGCUCUCCCUGUGCCUCGUGACCGUAGCCCUUCUUGUCUCUUACAGUAGGGUGUAUCUGCUGUACCACACUUGGAGCCAGGUGCUCUACGGAGGGAUUGCAGGAAGCGUCAUGGCUGUCGCCUGGUUUGCCUUCACACAAGAGAUCCUCACACCACUGUUCCCCAGGAUAGCAGCCUGGCCUAUAUCAGAGUUCUUCUUAAUCCGGGACACCAGCCUCAUCCCCAAUGUCCUGUGGUUCGAGUACACAGUCACCAGAGCAGAGGCCAGAAACAGACAGCGCAAACUGGGUACGAAGCUGCAGUGAGGCGUGGGCCAGGGCGGGGAAGACCACAAGGAUGCGAACAGCACGAUUUCACGGAGAAGGACAAGCAGAGACCUGUACAGACCUGGGAACCGAGCGGAGCCUUUUCAGCCGGGUGGGCCGGGAGGCCCAGGCGGGGGACCCUCACCCGGGAGCCGAGGGGCCCUGGCACUGGCCCCCGCCGCAGCCAAGGCGGUGGGCCAGUACCUCCCGCCGCGUGGGCGACCGCGCCGGUCGCCGAGCCGAGCCUCGGUCACCCCCAGCCCCGCACCUCGGUGGGCCCGGCGGCGGCCCGUUGUAGCUGGGGAAGGUGGGGCGGGGGGGAAACAGACAGACUUCUUUAACCUGACAGCUUGGGGACGGAGCGGAAACCAAACAGCGACAGAUACCUAUUUGUGUGAAUUCUAGGCAGCAUGAAAAUAUACACACUAUUUAUUAAUAUUAUUAUUAUUUUGUAAAGUGGAACUCUGGCGGGGUUGGGGCAGGAGAGGAAGUUCAGGAGGGCGGUGAUGGCAAUCUCAGGACCAUUUGGGAGACGUCUGUUGUAUUUCAGCUGCACUUUGUAAGGAUUUCAAGAAACUUAUAAAAUGUUCUCUACUUUAAACAC